CCACCGCGCUGAACCGCCGCUCACCACUCACCGCCACGCUCCAGCCGCGUUGCCGCCGCCGCGCACGGAUACUACGUCACUUCCGGUUCUGUCUCCUUCCGGUGCCGCCGGUACCGGCUGCCAUGUCGGACCUGAUCCUCAACGUGCACGCGGGGCCCGUUGCGCGUCCCCGCGCGGCCCCGACGGGCAACCGGAAGCACCAGCGCUUCCUGCAGCGGCGGCGCGCGCAGCGCCGGGGCCUGCGCCGCCAACCGGAGCCCUCCCGGGGCUCACCGAGCGCCGACAGCGGCUCCGCCGAGGCCGCAGCGCCCCCCAGCGGAGCGGCGGACGCGGCCGUCGCCAUCGACUGCGAGAUGGUCGGGACCGGGCCCGGCGGGCGGCGCAGCGCCCUGGCCCGGUGCAGCAUCGUGGGCCGCGGCGGGGAGGUGCUGUACGACCGGUACGUGCGGCCUGCGGCGCCCGUCGUGGACUUCCGCACCCGCUGGAGCGGGAUCCGCCGCCACCACAUGGCCCGCGCGGUGCCGUUCGUGACGGCACGGAAAGAGAUACUGCGCAUCCUGGCCGGGAAGCUCGUCGUGGGUCACGCCGUCUACAACGACUUCAAGGCGCUCAAGUACUUCCACCCGCAGGCCCUGACCCGGGACACGUCCAAGAUGCCGUUGUUGAACCGGAAAGGAGGCUUCCCGGAGGACGCCACCGUGUCCCUGAAGCGCCUGGCCAAGGCGCUGCUGCACAAGGACAUCCAGGUCGGGAAGAGCGGCCACUCCUCCGUGGAGGACGCCCGGACCACCAUGGAGCUCUACAAAGUGGUGGAGGUGGAAUGGGAGCAACACCUCCUGCUGGCCCCCAAGCAGGAGUGAGGCCCUGCUGCAGCUCCAUCCUACACCCCGAGAGGGGUCCUGGUGCCAUUCCAUCCAUCCCUAUGGACAACGGGUGGGAGCAUGGAGCCGGGCGCCGGCAUCCCUGCGCCCUGAUGUGCCUUCUCACACCAUGGUGUGACAUCCUCCAUCUGCCCCAGUGAUGUGGGGCAGAGCUGUGCCCCCGGAGGUGCUGGGAACACCUCUGGGUGCCUCAGAGGGGGCUCUUCCUGCUCCACAGCCCCAUUCCGUGCGGGAAUGGGUGCCCAGGGCAGGCUCCUUCCCGUCUUGCACAACUACCUCUGCCAGGGGCAGGGAGCGCCCAAAGGCUCCGGGAGCUUUGGGUUCCAUCUUCCUCAUUGCACAAAGACCAGGACGAGCCUGGGCACGGGGACCGGUGCCACCAGUGCCACCAGUGCCACCAGUGCCAGCGCCACGUCCUUGGCACUGCCUCCGGUGUGGGGCUGCCCCAGGGGGGCUGUUCAGAACUGAGCUUGUGACAGCCCCGAUCCCAAUUAAACAGGAAUGAUUGAGGA